AUUUAGACAGCAACUCUCAUUUGUCCUGAACCACAUAUCAAUCGUAUCAGCGGUCGUCCCGUCCCGACUUUGUAACCCCACCGAGGAAAACGAUAAACCCAUCCACCGGCAGCUGAGCACUCGCACUCGCACUCGGGGUUUAUUUUAGUUUGGAAGUGAACUUGUUGUUUUCGUCAUGGGAACUGUCAUCGAUUCUCAUUUCUUGGCCCUCACCGCCAUCGUCACUGUGGGCUAUCAGUCGUUUUUCUUUCUGAUUACAGCGCUCUUAAGGUUCGACAAAGUUACAGACUUCGCAGGUUGCUCGAAUUUUGUCAUUCUUGCUUUGUUGACCCUGAUUGUGAAAGGAUCAUGGCACUUUCGACAGGUGGUAUUAUCGAUGCUUGUAGUCAUAUGGGGUCUUCGUCUAGGGUUGUUUCUGCUGAUGAGGAUACUACAGUGGGGGGAAGAUCGGCGCUUCGAUGAAAUGCGCAGUAAUUUGGGAAAAUUAGCUGUUUUCUGGACAUUUCAGGCUGUGUGGGUGUGGACUGUGAGUUUACCAGUGACCAUUGUUAAUGCAAGCAAUCGAGACCCCUCUCUUCGACCUGCAGACGUGAUAGGAUGGAUCAUGUGGUGUGCUGGCCUUCUUGUUGAAGCAGCCGCCGACCAGCAAAAACUAGCAUUCAAGAAUUCUCCGGAGAACAGAGGCAAAUGGUGCAAUGUCGGAGUCUGGAAGUACUCACGCCAUCCAAACUACUUUGGCGAGAUUCUACUCUGGUGGGGAAUCUUUGUGGCUGCGACGCCUGUGCUGGAGCGCGCCGAAUGGCUUGUAAUACUCGGGCCAAUAUUCCUUACUUUGCUGCUGCUCUUUGUCAGUGGCAUCCCGCUGCUUGAGGAGUCGGCCGACAAGAAGUAUGGGAACCUUUCUACAUACCAGCACUAUAAAAGAUCGACGAGUCCUCUGGUCCUGCUUCCGCCGGCAAUAUACGGUCACUUGCCACUGUGGUUCAAAUCGACAUUUCUGUUCGAGUUUCCACUCUAUAGCCGGAGUCUCCCUCCAGGAGAAAACUGGUUUAUGCGAACUGUGCAAGGAAUAGAAGACAGGAAGGGAGCAGCAGUGCACGCAAGAUCAAUUAAUACACAAGUCAUUCAUCGUCAGCUGCCAUUAAAACUUAUAUAUACUGAUUUCUCAUUAUACUAUGCAACUCAUUGUUCAUCCCUACAACAUUGGAUUGUGUACAUAACUGGCAUGCCGCAAGCAAUUCCUACCUUCCCUAGUUCGACAAAUACAUCAACUUUAUUAUUCGGUGGGAAAGAAUAAAGCAGAAAUACAUCCUUUAACA